AUGGGAGGCGGCGAUCUCAACUUGAAAAAGUCUUUCCACCCUGCGCUGAGGCGCAACCAACAGGCCGUCUACGAGGAGGAACAAAAGGCCCUUGCCGAGCGCAAGCGCACCCAACAGCGCAUCAAUGAAAUCAAGGAGGAGCGCGCGAAGGAGGAGGUUCAGCGACAGCUCGAGGCCGCCGGAGGCAAGAAGCGCAUCGAUCGAGUCGACUGGAUGUAUCAAGGUCCCAACGAUGGACAGACUGGCACAACAGAGGAGACGGAGGCGUACCUGCUUGGAAAGCGAAGAAUCGACAACCUCAUCAAGGGGACCGAACACAAGAAGCUAGAGAAGCAGGCGGGAGAGGAGAGUUUCAUGGCACUGCAAAAUGCCAAUACCGCACGGGACACAGCUGCCAAGAUCCGCGACGACCCUCUGCUAGCCAUCAAGCGACAAGAGCAAGCUGCGUACGAAUCGAUGAUGAACGAUCCGAUCAAGCGACGCCAACUACUCGCAUCCAUGGGGGUUGACGACGAGAAGAAGGACAAGUCUAGGAGGAGAGAGGAACGACACGAGCGACACCGCAGGAGACAUCGCCAUCGCAGUGCCGACUCAGAGGACAGACAUCACAGGCGGAGACGGUCUUACUCGCGAUCACGAAGCCCACGACGACACGAAGAUUCCCGAGAAGAUCGACACAGGCGACGCAGAGAACGAGAUGACCACUCGCCAGAACGACGUUCGCGAAGAAGACACGAUUCAGAGGAUGAGGAAGCCUCUCGACGCCACCGCCGAAGCCGUGAUGACAGGCGCUAUGAUGAUGAUCGACGACGAGACUCGCGGCGCAGCUACGGCGGCGAGACACGUGAUAGGAAGCCACGACACAACGAGGAAGAUGACAACUCCAAGGAGGAGGAGCGCCAGCGCAAGUUGGCAGCGAUGCAAUCGGCAGCCUCAGAGCUUGACGAAGACCGUGAGAAGCGGUUAGCAGCGCUGGAAGAACGGGAACGGGCGCUCCGAGAAGCCGAUGACAAGGCGAGAGAGCGCGGGGGAGAUCGCGGGUUCGUCAACAGACUGCAUCAGCAGGCAGGAAACAAGGGCUUGGCAGAGCGGAUGGGAGGAGCACGACGGGGAUAUCAGAGAGACGACGAUUAA